AUGGCGACGGCAAUCUCCAAGCCCAAUUCGCAUCCCCCUAAGAUGAAGCGGCCUCCCCCGCCUUUUGUUCAGACCGGAAUGAACGGUGUCAAGCCCCAACAAUCCUCAACCUCCCCUUCUUCUACAGCAAAGCACCUUCCAGGAUCUGCAACACCGGCUGCUGCAGGCUCCACGAACGCACCGAUGGCGAAUGGCGCCAAUGGCACAACCCACACGGGCGCACCGUCUAACAAAGGCCCCCAGAACCGGACGAAGAAAGAGGCGCAAAAGGCCGGCGAGCAGGCCGGGCGGUUACAGAAGCCAUUCUCAAGGGCCUCAUCAAUUGACAGUGAUCGUCGAGCCGGCAAGCGGUGUCCAGAGCCCUUCGUCAAAACCACGUCAUAUAUCCUCAAGAAGUUCUCCAAGCACCCUCCCUCCCUGAUUCUCCACCUUCAUCCGACCCACUUCCGCUUUGAGCAGCAAGAUGGGAGCUUUCCUUAUAACUCGGAGAUGAAGGUCAUCAUUGAACAUAUCCGCUCUCAAACCGUUCCUCAUGACAUGAUAGAGGAGCUGUUGCGGGCCAAUGUUCGGUUCUAUGAAGGCUGUCUAAUUGUCCGCGUGGUGGAUCACAAAUCGGUGUCGCAGCAGACUCGGAAGUCAAGCGUGCCGUCAUCGAAUGACAACAACACCCCCUUUUCUAUACAUAAUUACAACGAGCACGUCACACCAUCUGCCUAUGUGCCCUAUCCGAAGCUGAAUCAAUUAACUUCGGAGAAGCCUUCCGCAAAGGAGGCGGCUUCGGAAAGCCAGCAGGAUGUCAAGUUGGGCAGUGAGCAGCCCGGCAACUCGGACUCGCAAGCUUCGCAGAAGGAUUCGAAACUCAACCAGUCGAAACAACCUUCGAAACCUCGAGUGUUCACCACUGUUUUACAUCCUACACCCCGUUCGCUUCAAGCCGAGCUGACUCUUCUCGCUACUACACCUGAUCCAAAGGCGGCCAAGCAGACGGCAACCAGCUCGACAUCUCGACCGCAGGGGUCAUCUACAGCGCCGUCUUCCCCCGGGCCGGGGGCGGCCGCCAAUUCACUGCAAGAUCGUGCCCCUCCAGCGAAGAAACAGAAGAUGCUGGUGGAACCUCAGGAUCUCUUAGAGUGUGAAGCCAGGCUGACGAGAGCAUUGGCUCCCCCUCUCUACCUUGAGUCCGUCAGUAGUCUUGAUGGAGUUCAUGAUCUGUUGAAGCACAUGGAAAGCCCGCUUCAUUGCGAUCCACCACCGUCACCCAAGCGUAGGAAGCGGACUGUGGCCGAACUUGCCGCUGAUGAAGCUCUCGCAGCGGAGGAAGAGCGUUUCAUGCUCAUCAUGGAUGAGCGUCUGGAGCCAGCUACCUCCAAUGGUGCCAGUGGGCCAAAAUCAGCUGUUAUCGAUGACACCGGCGGUGGCGCGCCGUUUGAGCCACGCUUCUCAAGAUUCAAAACGCUUGAGAACAUCCGUAUGCAACACGAAGAGAAGGCGAAGCGAGACCAUGAGAUCAAGGUCAAGCAAGAGAUGGCCAAGCGACAGCAACAGGAGCAAGAGAGAGAGCGACGCCGUCUUGCUGAACAGCGACAAGCCGAGGAGCAUGCCAAGGAAGAAGCUCGAAGACAACAGCUCGCGGCGCAGCAAGCUCAGGCACAAUUGGCAGCGCAGCAACAAACUCGACAUGCCAUGGCUCAAUCAAAUGGUGUCAGUCAAGCGCCACAGUCAUCUCCUGUGGUCCGCAACCAGACACCUCAGCACAUAUCAUCACCUGUCGUUGGCAGCACAAGGACAACGCAAGCUGGGGUUCCUAUGAGUAUGACGUCUUCUAUGCAGGGUGCUGGAAGCCCUUCGAGACCACCGUCGGUGAUACAGCACGCGCACCCCGCCAUGAGCCAUCCAAUGGCAGCUUCAAGAAGUCAACAAGGACAGAGCCGACACGGAACACCACAGAUGACCCAAGGCACUCCUGCCAUGUCCCAUGCUACGCCUAUCAUGCGAAAUGUAACACCGACGCAGAGGAUGAGCCAUGCCAGUCCGAGCCAUUCGACCAUGGCACCUACCCCAGUUCUGAAUCAGGCUACCAUGAUGACGACCCCUCAAAUGAGCAACGGGAUGGGCCUCACAGCCCAGCAGCAGCAACAGUUGCUUAUGCAGCAGAGGAAUCAACUUCUUGCCCAACAGGGUAUGCUUCACGGCCAGUUCUCGCCGAAGGUUACCCAGAUGCAAGCGAAUGCGCAUGCACAGCAGAAUAUCCAAGCCCACCAACAGCAACAGCAACAGAUGCAAAUGCACUUCCAGCAGCAGCAACAGUCACAACAGCAGCAACAGCAGCAAGCCAAGUUCCCCAAUCCGCAAGCCUACCAAGCCCAGUUGAUGCGUGCACAGCUCGCGCAGAUGCAAUUGGCUCAGCAACAGCAACAACAGUCACAAGGGCAACAAGCGCAAGGGCAACAGGGCCAAAUGCAUCAGAACGGCCCGCAACUGAACCCUCAACAACAGCAAAUGCUGAUGGCCGCGGCCCAGGCGAAUGGAGGCCAUCUACCACAGAAUAUGCAAGGCGUGAACAUGACGCAGGGUGUCACCAUUGCCCAGCGAUACAAUCAACUAUACCAGCAGCGCUUGCUGCGGUUGAGACAAGAAAUGGCCAGCCGACUGAUGCCCCAGUAUGGUCCGCCCGCCUCGUAUCCUCCGCAAAUCGCACAACAGUAUCAAGCUGGGCUUGAACGCAAUGCUAAACUCUGGGUCCAAGAAUUGAUGCGUCGGGAGCGGGAGCAAGCUCAACAGCAACGUGCUUCUCAGGUGGCUGCCGUGCAAGCUCAAGUGAUGCAACAACAACAGCAACAGAACAUGAUGCAAAAUGGCAUGAAAUAG